AUGAAGCUAGCGAAGCCUACCAACCUAGGUCGCUGGGUUGGACUCGCGCAGUUAGUGGGGGAAGGAUGGGGGGAGUAUGGGGGGGAAGGAUGGGGGGUGGAUGGUGGGGAGGAUGGGGAUCAAUGGGGACGGGCAAGGAUGAGGGGGAGGAUGGGGACCAGGGGGACGGGGAGGUGGGGGGACAAGGAUGAGGGGGAGGAUGGGGACCAGGGGGGCGGGGGGAUGGGAGGGGCAAGGAUGAGGGGGAGGAUGGGGACCAGGGGGACGGGGGGGGGCGGGUGGGGAAGCGGAGGAGGGGAGGGAAGGGGGUUUGAGGGGGGUCAGGGUCAGGAGGUGGUGGGUGGGCUGGGGGAGGGGGUGCUUGCAUGGGCAGGUGUAUCUGUGCAGGUGGCAUCUGCAUCGCUGGUCAAAUCAGAUCAGAUCCGAUCUUCCAAGGAUGUGAUUGGGCAGGUGGUGGAGUUUGAAGCAGAGGAAAUUGAAGCCCUGGAGGGCGGCAACGCUCGUCCACAUGCGGCUGGUCUAGAGGGCGGCAACACGCGUCCACAAACCACAGACAUAUCUGACUGGAGUGGGAGUGGGAGUGGGAGAGAAAACGGGGGUGGAACUGAGGCAGUUACAGGGGGCACACAGCAAGAGGGGGAGCGAAGUUGGUGGAGGUGGGAUGUGGGGAAGGGCGAACUGGUGCAGAGGGAGGGACCAGAGGGGCUGGCUGACGGGCAGGAGACACUUUUGUGGUUGCCCGAGAUCGUGUACGAGGAUCUGGAGCUCAUGGAUUUGAGAUAUUUCCAGGGACUGCACUCCCCAGCCCCUGCCUGCCCUUCCUUCGCUCGCUGCCGCACCGGCCGCAGGCAGGCAGGCAGGGUACUGGCGUGCAAUGGACACGACCCCUUAUUGAGUGAUCCGUUAUCAGGCAACAACGGUGGUGCGUCAGUGGACGUGUCAGGGCCAGCAUCUGUCAGUGCGUCAGAGGCAGAUUCGAUGGGCACCGUAGGAUCUGUUGCAAUGGACGCAUCAGGCUCGGCAUCUGCAGCGGGGUUAGGUUCGGCAUCAGUGGAUGUGUCUCCUCUGGUGGACCCCUCUCCUGUGCUCACCUCGCCUCCCCCCAACCACAUGAAGGAGAACGCGAGCUAUGAUGUGGCCAUGGCUGAGCCGUUCGCUGCACAGGUGUUCCUGCUAGAGAACGUUUUUAUCAACGAUCGGGGCAUGGUGUUUGAUGCCAUGUACCACUACCGCUAUGGGCUGCUGUGCAGAUCUUGUCCUCUCGACUUCGGCCUGUACACAGGGAACGAGACGAAAGUGCACGUGUACAGUGAACUGCUCUCAUUGGCCAACUGGAACGGCGGGAAUUUCUACCAUUCCCUGCUCGAGGUCAUGCCGUCGUUGCUCUACCUGCGGCCAUUCUUGGAAGCAAAGCCGGGCAUUCCAAUCCCAGUCAAGAUUGACCAG